AUGAUGGGACUAUUCACAACCUUUGCCAUGGUUCUCUAUAUCCUGUUUUGCUUCCUGGGGAUCCUGGCUAAUGGCUUCAUUGUUGUGGUACUGGGAAGGGAGUGGGGUCGAUGCCACCGGCUGUCUCCAUGUGACAUGAUCCUGAUCAGUUUGGGUGCUGCCCGUUUCUGCCUGCUGUGGCUUGGAAUGAUACACAGUUUUUACUAUUUUCUUCACCACCUGCAAUAUUCCAAGGAGCCUACCCACCCACACUUUGGGAUUUACUUUGAUUUUUUGCAUUCGGUCACAUUCUUGUUUGUCGCUGGGCUUAGCAUCCUCUUCUGUGUGAAGAUUGCAAAUUUCACUCAUCCCAUUUUCCUUUGGCUGAAGUGGAGAGUCAAGGAACUAGUACCCUGGUUCCUACUAGUCUCCUUACUAAUCUCUUUCAUUGUCACCGGGCUGUUGUUUGUGAAGAACAAUGCUUUGUACCAGGCAUUCUUGCAGGGGACAUUCUCUGGGAACAUAACCUUAUGUAGCCUCAGUAGAAAACUAGAAAUCUGCUAUUUUCUCCCUUUGAAACUCAUUAUUUUUUCUAUCCCCUGUUCUAUGUUUGUAGUCUCAAUAGUUCUGUUGAUUACUUCUCUGCAGAGACACUCCUGGAGAAUGCAACAUAGUGCCAACAGUGCCCAGGAUCCUAGGACUCAGGCUCACACCAGAGCUCUGAAAUUACUGAUCUCCUUCCUAGUCCUUUAUAUUCUUUCUUUUACAUCUUUUGUCAUUGAUGCUACUUUUUUUGGCUUUGGAGGUACCUGGUAUUGGCCACGGCAAAUUGUGAUUUACCUGUCCACAUAUGUUCAUCCCUUCAUUCUUAUCCUUGGCAAUUCCCAGCUAGGAGGGGCCCUCAUGAAGCUUCUUCUUCUCCUUAAAACCUUCUGGAAUGACAAGAGGCUGCAAUCUCCUAUCUGA